UUUUCGUCGGCCGUCACUUCGCCCUGCGGUCGCACAGGCUGCGGUAACGGCGCGCUUGACGGCGACGAAGCAGCGCUACUUCAGACCGACUACGAAGCACGAAAGCUGGUGGCACUAUGACUACGCAAGCCAAGGGACGAUUUCCACUUUUACCAAAAAUAGUAAAUGGCGGGAUUGCGGGCAUCAUCGGAGUCACGUGCGUCUUCCCCAUCGACUUGGUCAAGACGAGACUUCAAAACCAACAGAUAGGGCCAAACGGAGAGCGCAUGUAUCGCUCCAUGCUCGACUGCUUUCGGAAAUCCUAUGCAGCCGAAGGCUUUUUUGGCAUGUACAGAGGUUCAGCAGUAAACAUCUUGUUGAUAACGCCCGAGAAAGCAAUUAAGCUUGCUGCCAAUGAUUGGUUUCGCCAUGGUCUUUCAUCUUCAAGUGGUAAACUGAGCUUGACACAAGAGAUGCUUGCUGGUGGAGGAGCGGGCUUCUGCCAGAUCAUCGUCACGACGCCCAUGGAACUGCUCAAAAUUCAGCUGCAGGAUGCUGGCCGGACAGGUGGCGAAGCCAGCAAGCGCCUGUCGGCACGAGCGGUGGCCUUGCAACUGGUCCGCGAGCGAGGCCUGGUCGGUCUCUACCGCGGAACGGGGGCCACCAUGUUGCGUGACGUCACCUUCUCCGUUAUCUACUUCCCGCUGUUCGCGCACCUCAACUCCCUCGGGCCCAGGAGGUCCGACGGCACAUCUGUUUUCUGGGCAUCGUUCUUGGCAGGCUGCGGAGCCGGCUCGGCAGCCGCCUUCCUCGUCAAUCCCUGUGAUGUCGUCAAGACACGCCUCCAACUGCUCAGCCGUGCACCCGGGGAAGCCUCUUAUACAGGCAUUCCCGAUGCAUUUAUCCGCAUUCUUCGAGAGGAAGGUGUGCGCGCUUUCUUCAAGGGAGCCGGUUGCCGUGUCAUUGUCAUCGCGCCCCUGUUUGGUAUAGCCCAGACCGUUUACUUCCUGGGUGUGGCUGAAUACUUGCUCGGCAUGCAGAGGGCAAAGACAGCCUAGUCCGGUCCACACCCUGAAGCUCUCGCUGCCAGAAACAUUUUCCCGACACAACAGAACCACGUGGGCUUUCGAAUCAAAAUUUCUCUUCAGGCCUGUUACCUUCUACGAAUCGAUCUUGUGUUCCGGCUGCAGUGUGCCCAGAUCACGUGACUAUGGGAGUUGCGUGACAUGAGAACGACUCCCUAGCCAUCACCUCUACUGUCAACCCAAAAAGUUCCUGGAGAACUCGGUGUUUUGAGAGAUUUUAAAAAUGGGAAAGAAAACAAUACGGCUUUAGUGGUACAGAGAGAAUCAACAUGCAUCCACAUCCAGCGCACACAUAGAUGUCAAUUUACUUCUCCUUAAAGCCUCUGUACAAGGUUUUGUCAUCUAGAUAUAUUGAUGAUAGAAGUCAUGCCUCGAGUCAAUCAAGAGCUGCGAAAGCUGUUUGGUGUAUUGGCGGUUUACAUGUCAAACAAUCUAUUGUUGGCGUACGAUGACUCGUACUAUUGCCGCUGUUUCGAAAGGUGCAGUGCCAUUUCACUGGUGUUCUUGUCUGUAGUAACUGAAAUGGAUAAUGUCUACUGUACGUGGAGAGGCAUAUCCGUCGUCUCAGUAUAUUGAGCAGUUGUAUUAAGCACGGCCUGAAUGCUAUGCACCAGAGAUGUGGACGAAACAUAUUUUGUGACCCGAUAGUUGUAGUGAUUUCUACGAAUGUAGCCAGAACAGGUGGCAGCUUCAUAAGUUAGAUAACCUUCUAUGAAAAGUUUUGGUCACUGAUCACAAACACUACUCCCGACCAAUUAUACAAAGAAAAGCCAACUUGUUGUAGAGCUUAGUUGUUUUCGAAGCCAGCCUUCGCUUGCCUUGUCGAGUCGUGACUCGUAUAUAAAUGUCGUACUAUAACUCUCACUCAGGUUAUGUUUCACAGUUAUUUUUUACCUUUUAAAAACUUUACCUUAACGCUGGGUGCUGUGCACCUUAAAUGCGAAGACGGUAUGAAUGUUGCUUUGAAUGUAUUUUUUUUUCCAAGUUAUUUGCAAGCAAAUUUUCGUUGGUCUGCGAACUACAUCGUACAGUGCGUGCUUUGUCAGUUAUUAGAAUGAUUGUUUUCUGCAUUUAAUGUCUAAGACAGAUAAUAAUACAGCAUGUGUUGAGCAAAUUUUCAGGUAUCUUUAUGCCAAACUCCUGGGGUUUUGAAAAAUAAUGCACAGAAUUACGCGCUAUUCGAGCAAUACGAACAUCUAGAAAUUCUAAACAUAUUGCCAAAAAAUUAGUGGCAUCUCACAGCAGUACUUAGCGCGAACAGUACGUUUUGUUAGUUCUAAUGUCUAAUAUUUGAAAUGAGUUUUUUUCAUGCAAAAUCAGAGGUAAAACUGUUAACUCAUACUUAAAUAAUUUGAUCAACACCACAUAACGAACUGAAAUGUCCACAAAGCAAUGCACAUAAUCGAAGUGCCAUAGAAAAUCACUCUUUUUUUUUUUUUAAGUUUAAAAUGAGUAUGACCAUGACAUUACUUUGGGAAAGCACAAACGGAUGAAAUGUCCAUUUUUUUUAAAGAUAAGCUAUCCUUAUAUUGUAUAUAUUACUUUCUAUAAAAAUGAACAUGCCUGCAUAAUACUACACCUUCUUAUUUUCGCUACUUAAAGACAAAUGCAGUGCAGAUUCGUUUUCUCAAUUCCUAUUUCAGAAACUGUUUGGUUGAUGCUAAACUAACAUGACUGUAACGCUUUUGCGUCAGUAGUGGUUUCCAUGUAGUAUUCAUCAUAGUUAUUUUGUGUACAAUGGAUAUUGGAGAAAUCGUUUAACAAGCAAAACAGUGACAGCCCUAUUGCUUCUCGUUUCCAGCAUAGGUUGGAAAAACUUUUCUGUUGCAUGUGUUUCUUUGUUAAGCUGUAGAAAAAAAUCCAUACAAGUUAACAGCCUACUCCACAUCCCUGUUCUUAAUGUACAUAAUGGCAAACAGCUUGAGCCGUUGGUGGGCCACGUUUUGGACCCAACUUUUGAUCCUUCUAUUUGGUGCUGGCCUUUCAGCCACACGCACAAUGUGUCCAGGAAAGCUGUAACAGUGAAUGUGAAAUAAAAACGUAUAUAUUCCUGUUA